CAACUGAGCACCAUUUAUAUUUGGUGAUAUUAAUCAUUUAAUUUGUUGCUGUAUAUAUUCAACCAUCAAACAAAAUGACGGAACGAACACCUGCUCAGUCUACUAUGAUCGGAGGCCAGCGUAUGGCACCAAGGAAACGCGCACAUUCCGAGACCAAUACCGCUGGAACUAGAACUAACCUACCACCAAACUCUGGGUUCCAACACUAUUACGGAUUUGCCACAUCGUCAAUUCAAUUAGGCCCACAAGCUGUACUGCUUCUCGCUGUAUGCUACAUGGGAGCCGUUGUGGUAAUGCACAUAGUUUCAAGAAUUAAGAUGUCUAUUUAAUAAACUAAUGUGCAUUCGCAUUACA